AUGGGACAGAAAGAAAGUUCAAUACGUGACGAUAGUUUCAACAGUGAAUCCGAGUCCAAUGUUAAAACUGAUUCUAAUAAUACAAUUAAAACUGCAAGAGGACGGUAUGACGAUCAGUUAUUAAAACGUUGUGAAAACGUUCAUUUUGAUGUUGAACCUUGGUAUAAGAUCAUACAAAGUGAAACAUUUUACACUGAAUUUAUUUCAAUUUCUCCAUCAAUUGCUCAAGCGUUUGUUAACUUUUAUCAAACACGAUAUAGUUCAACAAAAUUAUUAAAUAUCAAUGACAUACAACUUAUAACAUCAAUACAAAAUCAACUAAAAGAACAAAUAUUCAAUUCAAAAACAAAUAAAUUUCAAAGUAAUGGUACUUUUAUUCGUUUAAGUUCACGAAGUCCAAAAGAUGGAAUACGCUUAGAUUCUCGAAAAAUCAGUCAAUUCUAUAAUAAAAAACUAAACGAAUUACAAGUCCAAUAUCCAGAUGAAUAUAAAUCAAUUGAGGGCACAGCAAAUAUGCAAAUGAUUGCUUAUUGUUAUGCUCAAUUUCAUUCUUUAAAAGUUACUGAUGAAAUUCAAGCAUUAAAUCUGAUUCUAUCAAGUGAAAGAGUUUAUUAUGAUUUAAUAGAAGUACUCGAUUGCCAACAAGUAAAAGAUAAUAAAGUUGCUAAUAUCAAUAAUAUUAAACUACAUGAUUGGAAUAACAAUAUAAUCAUUCGUGAAUGGAAUAAUUUAUUAGAUCCAUCGAUGGAAUUUCGUUGUUUUGUUUAUCAAUCGAAAUUAACUGCUAUAUCACAAUAUGAUUAUUAUUGUAAAUAUUAUCAUCUACAAAAUAAUGGCAUUGUUCAACAAAUAAAAAUAACAAUUAUUAAAUAUUGGCAAGAAAAAAUUCAACCACUUUUAAAUCCAUUGCCUGAGAAAUAUUCGAAUUAUGUAAUCGAUAUAGGAUUAAUUGAAAACAAAUUAACGAAUGAAUAUGAUUGUAUCGUUAUUGAAAUGAAUCCAUUUGAGAUAAGUACUGGUGCAAGUUUAUUUAAUUGGACAACAGAUAGUAAUCAGUUAAGAGGACAAGAAAAUGAAAUAGAAAUACGUGUACAAUCAGAUUAUUAUCCAUAUAUUAAAGACUAUAUUGAAUUUAUUCUUGAAGUUAAUCAAUGUGAUGGAAAAGAGAAUUCAUCAUCUGUUGAUCAUGGCAAAGAACCAUAUUUUAUCUUUUUAGAUCAAAUGAAAACACAAUUUUCUUUAUAA